UUUGACAUUUCUUCAGUAAUUUUGGAUGCCAAACUCGUAGUUUUCCAUUCUUCCAAACGCUGGUCUCGCGCUGCAUGUGUUCUCAGCUGCUGGAUUCACUCUGCAGAAAAAGCUCGGACCGAGAAUUUUAUUUAUUUAUUUAUUUUUUUAAACAAUUUUGGGAAAUUCUUCCAAAUCUUCCGGGGAGCGCAACCACUAUAUUUUUGUCCUCACAAUGGCUGAUGCCAACGCUGAAUGCAAUAUCAAGGUGUUGUGUCGAUUCCGUCCGCUGAAUCAGUCCGAAAUUAUCCGCGGAGAUAAGUUCAUCCCGGUAUUUCAAGGAGAAGACUCUGUCAUCCUCGGGGGGAGGUCGUAUGUGUUCGACAAGGUGUUCCCUACCAACACCACACAGGAGCUGGUUUACAACGCCUGUGCCAAGCAGAUCGUCAAAGAUGUACUGGGUGGAUACAAUGGGACCAUCUUCGCCUAUGGGCAGACAUCCUCGGGAAAGACGCACACCAUGGAGGGAAACCUCCAUGAUCCCCAGGGAAUGGGAAUAAUACCACGAAUAGCAGAGGACAUUUUCGAACAUAUAUUUGCCAUGGAUGAAAACCUAGAAUUUCAUAUAAAGGUCUCCUACUUUGAGAUCUACUUGGAUAAAAUCCGGGACCUACUGGAUGUGACAAAAACCAAUCUGUCAGUGCAUGAAGACAAAUACAGAGUUCCCUACGUGAAGGGCUGCACAGAGCGAUUUGUCACAAGUCCUGAGGAGGUGAUGGAUGUGAUAGACGAGGGGAAGGCCAAUCGUCACGUUGCUGUCACCAACAUGAAUGAGCACAGUUCCCGCAGUCACAGCAUCUUCCUGAUAAACAUCAAGCAGGAGAACGUGGAGACGGAGCAGAAGCUGAGUGGGAAGCUGUACCUGGUCGAUCUAGCCGGGAGUGAGAAGGUCAGUAAGACGGGUGCGGAGGGAGCGGUGCUGGAUGAAGCCAAGAACAUCAACAGGUCCCUGUCGGCUCUGGGGAACGUCAUUUCAGCUUUGGCUGAGGGAACGAAAUCCCACGUGCCGUACCGUGACAGCAAAAUGACUCGCAUCCUGCAGGACUCGUUGGGUGGGAACUGUCGCACCACCAUGUUUAUCUGCUGCUCACCCUCCAGCUACAACGAAACAGAGACCAAAUCCACCUUGAUGUUUGGCCAACGAGCCAAGACCAUCAGAAACACUGUAUCGGUGAACCUGGAGCUCACAGCGGAGCAGUGGAAGAAGAAGUACGAAAAGGAGAAGGAGAAGAACAGGUCAAUGAAGGAGACUAUUCAAAAACUGGAGGCUGAGCUGAACCGCUGGAGGAACGGUGAGGAAGCUGUGGUGCUGGGCGAAGGUUCAGAAGAUGGCGAAGAAUCUGAGGAGCCGGUUCUUGACGUAUGCAGCCCCUGCACCCCCUGCACCCCCUGCUCGAUCGCCUCAUCCAUCGUGGUCCACAUCUCUGAAGAGGAGCGGCAGAAGUACGAGGAGGAGAUCCGCAAGCUUUACAAACAGCUGGAUGAUAAGGAUGACGAGAUCAACCACCAGAGCCAGAUGGUGGAGAAGCUGAAGGAGCAGAUGCUCGACCAGGAGGAGCUUCUGGCGUCGUCCCGGGGUGACAGCGAGAAGGUGCAGUCGGAGCUCGGCCGGCUGCAGACGGAGAACGAGAAUUCAAAGGCGGAGGUGAAGGAGGUCCUCCAAGCUCUGGAGGAGCUGGCCGUCAACUACGACCAGAAGAGCCUGGAGGUGGAGGAGAAGAGCGUGCAGAACAAGCUCCUGGCUGAAGAGCUUGCAAAGAAAAUGUCUCACCUCGUGGCUUUGGAGGCGGAGCUGUCGCGCAUCCAGGAAGUGAGCAGCCACCAAAGAAAACGCAUCGCGGAGAUUCUCAACGGGCUCAUGAGGGAUUUGAGCGAGUUCAGCACCAUCAUUGGAAACAAAGACAUCAAGCUGCCCAUGGAGAUUACGGGCGCAAUCGAGGAGGAGUUCACCGUGGCUCGCCUCUACAUCAGCAAGAUAAAGUCAGAGGUGAAGUCCAUGGUGAAGCGCUGCCGCCACCUGGACAACCUUCAGAUGGAGUGUCACCGCAAGAUGGAGGAGACCGGCCGGGAGCUGUCCUCGUGCCACCUCCUCAUCUCACAGCACGAGGCAAAGAUCCGCUCUCUGACGGAGUACAUGCAGAACGUGGAAAUGAAGAAGCGGCAGCUCGAGAACAGUUAUGACUCUCUGACCGAGGAGCUGGCGAAACUCCAAGCUCAAGAGAGCAUGUCACAGAUGACAAGAGGAGAAAAACACACCUCUGUCCAGGAUCCCUGCGAUAUAAAGAAGGCCCUGGAGCAGCAGAUGGAGUCGCACCGUGAGGCGCACAGCAAACAGCUCGGGCGUCUGCGAGAUGAGAUCAAUGAGAAGCAGAAGACCAUUGACGACUUAACCGACUGUAACCAGAAGCAGCAGUUGGAGUUGGAGCAACUGCACGGCGACUUUGAACGUCUCCGAAGCCAGGAGCAUCACAAGAGCCGGCAGCUGGAGGAACUGACAUUUCUCCAUGAACGGCAUGAGCAGUCAAAGCAGGACCUCAAGGGCCUGGAAGAGACUGUUGCUCGUGAGCUCCACACCCUGCACAACCUCCGCAAGCUUUUCGUUCAAGACCUCACAGCUCGAGUUAGAAAAAGUGCUCAGCCGGAUGAUUGUGGAGGAUAUAUCACCCAGAAGCAGAAGAUUUCCUUUCUUGAAAACAACCUGGACCAGCUUACAAAAGUUCACAAACAGCUGGUGCGUGACAAUGCAGAUCUUCGCUGUGAGCUUCCGAAGCUGGAGAAGCGUCUUCGGUCUACGGCUGAGCGAGUCAAGGCGCUGGAGGGCGCACUGAAGGAGGCCAAGGAGGGAGCCAUGAAGGACCGCCAGCGCUACCAGCAGGAGGUCGAGAGAAUCAAGGAUGUGAUGAUGAGGGCGCGCAAUCCCUUCCGCCGUCCUCACGCUGCGCAGAUCGCCAAGCCUGUGCGUCCUGGCCAUUAUCCAGUCUGCUCUCCCAUGAACCCUUUCUUCAUCCGAGGAUUCAGCGAUCAUCCCGUUGCCUUCUCCAACGUUGUUUUCCACAACAUCAACCGGGAUGAACCGGCGGAUUCCCCGGCAGAAUCUCCCGCAGAUUCUCCCGCUGAUUCCCCGACGGAGGACGAUGAGCCCAGGUUACCCGAGGCCAACUCAAACCAGAGCAGCCCCGUCAAACAGCCGCACUCGCAAAGCAACGACACACAUGACAACGAUGUUCAGAACAACAAGUUUCCAGCUGGAGCAGAAAACCAAGCAGCCAGCAGCACUCCAGAGAUGCUCGAUUCAGAAAACGGAAACACCACAGAUAUCAAUGACAACAGCAUGUGUCUGAAUGUGAAUUCUGUGUCCAGAACUGAUGUCUGUGACAAUCAGGACCCAUCCAAACUCUACAGCCUGCGCCCAGAGGCCUCAAGCAGCUAAUACUGUGCAGCAGGCAGACAUUUUUUUGUCUGAGACCUCCUGUGUAAAUCUGCAUGCAGCUGAUCACUGUCCUCCCUCCCUGCCCUAUCUUCACCUGCUGUAAACAGACCUCCUGUGUGUCUUUUCUGCACCCUGCUUGCUCGCAUUCAAUCGUCUCUCCUGUCCGUACUAUGAUGCGUGGUGUGUGUGUGUGUGUGUGCGUGCGUGCGUGUGUGUGUGGGUAACAGUUCGGCAAGGAGCGCAUCGGAAACGCCCAACCUGUCAGCUUGCACCCAGGCUGCUGCUGCACCUCCUCUCCCAUGACUUUAAAUACAAAGGGACCACAAACAGAGGGGUGGAGGGGGGAACAGGUGCAGUGCGGUGGGCGUCCACUAGGGUGUGCUGUGUCUCACUGUGAUCGACAUGUGGACAUGAAACCAGUGCAUUCAACAGUAAAAUGAAGCUCAUCCUCAGCAUUAUUAUUAUGAAUGAUAUUAUUGUUAUUAUUAUUAUGAAUGAACAUAUGGGCUAAAGGCAAACAGAAACAUUUAAAAAAAAAACUGUGUGAACCUCGUGCCAACGUCACUGAUAUUUAUACUUUUGACUGCAUGUUGAUUUUCGAUGUUGGUCAGCAUUUUUCAGAAAAAGCGGGGGAAAAAAAACAAGACCGCAAGAAAGCCAGAGGGGAAUCAC